GAUUCUCAAAGAACUCGUUUAACCAUUUCCCUGGAACAGAACACCUAGGAAACAAGGUGGUUUUUUUUACUACACAUUAUCUGUUUCCAUGUGAUGUCAUCCUUGAAAAAACAACCACAACCCGUGUAAUCUGCGUUACUAGGGCCGGUAUGCCAAGUGACUACUUCAGUAUCAAGGUUACUGUGGAUGGUGAAGUUAUUCCGACAUGUCACGCAGGAAAUAGCAACUGUAGAUACCGACCAUACACAUCAUAUACGCCAACCAUCACCGAGAUCAGCCCCUCGUCUGGACCACCUGGAACGUUGCUGACCAUGAGAGGACAAAUUUAUACUUCUAAAUACGGCAUGAACGCCAGCACUAAUGGAGAUGCAGACGAUGUAGCAAGAGUCACAGCAGGAGGCGAUCUUUGUGAAAUAGCAUCUUCUAAUGGUCAGAGCAAUGGUAUCGUAUUGGACGGUAGCGGGGAAAGUAACAAUGGUGUCUUAACCUGCCGGUUGAGCGAGUCGGGAUCGCAAAUAGGAAAUUUGAAUGUGAGCUACACAUUGACAGCUCGAGGAAGAUCAAAGACAAAUUUGAAUCUUUAUCGAGUAUCCCGAAAUGGUCAGAUAUUCAUGUUCCAGAGUUAUGCAGAAAUAAAUUCAGUUACUCCGUCAUUUGGUAGUUCAGAGGGAGGAACAGUUAUAACCAUAUCUGGAAAUUAUUUUGACCAGACCAGAUCUGAGGCAGUUGUCAAAGUUGGGGAUACACGAUGUCACGUGAUAACUAUCAAUGCCACGACAAUAAUGUGUAAAACUGCCCGGAAACCAGAAACGACCAAUGGACUUUACCCAGGAAACAGAGGCUUCAUUGUAGAGUCCUGGAAAGACACACUCGAAAGCAACUUAACAAUGGUAAAGAAUUUGAAUGAAAGUGCGCCUGACUAUCAAACGACGUUCUCUGAUACAACACACAUCCCCGGUUACAAUACAUCUAGCAACUAUGUCAACCGAAUGAGAGGGUUUUUCUUUCCUCCUUUUGAUGGUGAAUAUCAGUUUGUUAUCGCGUCAGCAGCGGGAGUCCAGUUCUACCUUAGUUCGGAUACAGAUCCAGCAAAUUUGAAGCUGGAACUUGAUAAAUAUACCAGAACAACAGCCACAUCUCGUGCCAUUUUACUACACUCAAAUCAAAGUUACUACAUGGAAGUGUUUUAUAGACAAAGCACUAGUUCAACGGCCGUGAAUGUGGCGGUUCGGUAUUUAGAUAGCAUAGUCAAUCACCACAUGGCUGGGAACGUGCAACAGGAGCAACAACUAAUACACUUUUGGACUUACUUUGAAAACGAGAAACAACGAAUAACGAUUCCAGACAUCAUCAACCAAACAGCCGUCCACGAACAGCAGGAAAUAAUUGUGGACGCAGACGAGGGAAGGUUUCGGUUGGGAAUGUACGGUGUUUAUACGGAGAUCCUCUUUGUUGGUGCCUCGGAGAUUGAUUUAAGGAAUGCUCUGCAGGCCCUUCCGGUGUUUGAUGCAUCUGAGACUGUGUCUGUCAACAUGACUUCCCAUGGUGAAGGGUUCAAGUACACCGUUACCUUCAUAUCUGAGAGAGGUAGUUUCCCUUUACUCGAAAUAAGGAAUUUAGCAGAGUAUAUUUCAAUCGAAAUACUAAAAACAAGAGACGGAAGACCGAGCGGUAAAAAGAUAGGACUGUUUAUGGCCGGUACACCUGCACCUCUCAUAGACAGUGAUCCAUCACAAGCACAGGUUGAAGAUGCCAUUGAUCAAUUAUUCACAGCACGGUGUCCAGCAUACUGGACCGAACCUAAAAAGAGUGUGUUAUAUUACAACAUGGAUGACUCUUCAUCGAUACCGACAUAUAUGAGGCGAUAUUGGAUAAAUGAUAAUUGUUUCAUGUUACAAAAGAAGCAGUUUUGUGUGGCAUUGAAAGGGGACGCCAACCGGAUCAACAUGUACGUUGAUUACGUAGACGUCAAUGGAAAACGGAAAACGCUGUCACAGAAUUUCUACGACAUCAUAAAAGCCAAGAAUACUGAACAAUGGAACUAUGGCUGCUAUAAUUUGCGGGAACAUAUAACAGCAAUCAUCGCUGGUGCAACGCAGUUAGUUUUACGCCGAUUCAGGAUAUACGGAGCAGAUUUUUUACUAGAUGAGCUUUAUUUUGGACAACAAGCUACAACAUUAGAUACGGAUGAUGCCCAUCUACGACGUCUAGUUUGCUCUCCAAAUGGUUACAGAAUUGUAGACGUAGAUGUAACAAAUUCUCAGAAUAGUUUUGAUGUCUCUCUCACUUCUGCCCAUGCGGGACAUGGAUUUCCUUUAUUUGCUGUCGAUGAGACUCAGGUUCCACCGGAUACAAAUAUAUCAUUUACAAGAAUUACCAGCGCGACGACUCCCAUAUCCGGCACAUUUGAUCUGACCCUGAGAGGUCAAACACUGAAAUCAAUACCGGUAGACAUUAGAACGGAUGAUUUAAAUGCGAUAUUGGAGCAAUUUGACGAUGUUGGUGUUGUGAAAUCUGGUGGUUCUAACCUUCCAUUCGACCGAUAUUUGUGGUUCACAUUUGACACGUAUGCGGGGAAUCUGGAACAGAUUCAUAUUAAUGCCACUCUAUUGGGUGGUAUUAAUGCGACCGCAUCCACGUACACAGACAGAAACGGAGAAUACAGGAUCGACCCUCUAUAUGGAGAAAUGUUACAGACAGCCAAUGACAAACCUCAG